AUGAAAUUCAAUUUCUCUGCCUUAUAUUUGACUCUUCUCAUUGUCAGCACAUUGGCAAUUCCAACAACAAAACGUACAAAUGCCGAAUUAAAUACCAUAAACUUCCAUAAAAGAGAAGAAAAGGAAAAUGUCAAGUUAGAUGACAAAAACCUCCAUAAAAAAAAUCUCCAUAAAAGAGAAGAAAAGGAAAGUGUCAAGUCAGAUGACAAAAAGUCAGAUGAUAAAAAGUCAGAUGAUAAAAAAUCAGAUGACAAUAAGUCAGAUGACAAAAACCUCCAUAAAAGAGAAGAAAAGGAAAGUUUCAAGUCAGAUGACAAAAAAUCAGAUGACAAAAAAUCAGAUGAUAAAAAAUCAGAUGAUAAAAAAUCAGAUGACAAAAAGUCAGAUGACAACAACGUUCAUAAAAGAGAAGAAAAGGAAAGUAAAAAGUCAGAUGACAAAAAGUCAGAUGAUAAAAA